CAGCUGGAGCAAGCGAGAAGAGGUCGACGGCUACCUGUUUGUAUCGGCCGGGUUUGGCAAGAUGAAACCAGGGCAAAUGGCCUCACCUCUCAUCAAGAUCAACAAGAUGGGCUCGCAGAUACUCAAAGGACUGUUCAACCACAACCCCCUCACGCUGGAGUGGUCCAAGGAUGUGGCGGACUUCAUGGAUAAAUUCGAACCGCUCUUUCCCAAAGGGCGAGGGCUGACGAAUGUGUAUCUGAAACUCAUAUCAUGUGACAUUGAGAAGGACAUAGAGGCCUUUGACAAACCUUACUGCAUACUACUGGGAUCAGAGGACGAGUACAUCGAUGUCAAUGGAGUGGUGGAGGUCUUCAAACGCUGCAAAAAGGUUCACUCUAGCAGGAAGUUCGUUAAAGUGUUGCCGGGAGAGUCGACCUUCUCUACUGCGUUGCAUGUGAGUCAUAUCAUGCCAUGGCUGGCCACACUGUGUAAGAGUGCGUGUAUGCCCACAGAGGGUACCUCGCUUCCGAAUAAUACGAAACUCUCCGACUUCGACAUUAAGGCCUUAAUUGGAAAGGGUGGGUUUGCACAGGUACGGCUGGUUCAGCACAAAAAGACUGAACAUUACUUCGCCCUCAAAAUCAUGGACAAGAAGAAAAUGCUGGAGAUGGACGCGGUUGACAAUGUACUGGCCGAGAAACAAAUCAUGGGUGAAAUCGACUUUCCUCUGUUGGUGAAUUUGUCAGCUUCAUUUAAGGAUGCGAAGAAGGCUUAUCUGGUAAUGGAUUACCUGGUGGGUGGUGAGCUGUUUACGCUUAUUAAGCUCAGCAGGCGUUUCAGUGAAAGUAUAGCCAAAUUCUAUAUAGGCGAGAUCAUCUUGGGGUUGGAUUAUCUCCACACAAAUAACAUAAUCUUCAGAGACCUUAAACCAGAGAAUAUACUCAUCGAUCAGAGAGGCCACAUCCGAAUAUGUGAUUUUGGCUUCGCAAAGCGUCUGAACAGCCGAGACGACCGCACCAACACCUUCUGCGGCACACCGGAGUACCUUGCACCGGAAGUCAUAGACAACAUAGGCGGAUACAACCGAUUAGUAGAUCUCUGGGCGUUGGGUGUAGUGGCCUUUGAGUGCCUCACUGGGCGUAUGCCGUUCUCGGCAAAGGGUGAUCUGUUGUAUGUGCACAUCUUGGAGGAAGAACCGGAGUACCCCACCUACAUCUCAGCACAGGCAAAGGCGUUUGUAAGUGGACUGUUGUGCAAAAAUAAACGCCAACGACUGGACUUCCUGUUUGAUUAUACAGCCGCCAGUGGAACGAAUAAACGUCCCUACGCCUCGUCCGCCAGUCUCAGCCCUCUAAACACCCAUCGACCACGUCGUAGCACCAGCCAUUCACGCUAUACCGUGCGCUCCCAUCCGUUCUGGGAUGGCUUCGACUGGGACAAACUGGAGGCCUUUGCCAUGGCCGCCCCCUUCACCCCUGCAUUCCGUGAUUUCUCCGAUACAAACAAUUUCAUUACGUACGAAGACAUGAAACAACCCAUGAGCGCCCUGACAGAGUCAGUCUACAGUAAGAAAGAUGCAGGGCAUACGCCGUCGCAGAAGUCACAGAAGUUGCAAACCACCGGCAAAUACAGCAUCAGGAGUAACCGUGAAAACAGCGCGUACGGGCAAGAACUAGACGACCUCUUUAAAGAUUUCUGAAGGCACCCGCAGUCCCAUGCACAGGCAUUGCUAGGAGUACGGGUUUAAAAACGUAUUAAUAAAGAGUAAUGUGGUAA